AUGUGGGCUCCUUGUGAAGGGGACAAGAAGAAGGUAGAAAUGAAGAUAUGGGUUCCCAAGGAAAAGAAAAAUACGGGAACCGCAUCCAAGGUAUGUUCUCAACCGCCUUCAAAUAGCUCUCUAGUUAUUAAUAUUGAUCAUUCGGGGUGGAAUGAUGUUGUCUACUGGCAUAAGGAGAAAGGGUUUUUCUUCAAAUGGGUCGGGGAAUGGCUGGGCUUGGGGAGAGUGAAGCAAUGGUGUGCUCAAAGUUGGAAUUGCAAGGUAGAGAUCAAACCUUUACCAAAUGCUUUUUAUUUGGCAAUCUGUGAAACAAGGGUGGAUAAGACAUGGAUUUUGCUGAAUGGACCAUAUAUGAUGGGAGGAAUGGGUUUUUUCCUUAAUGAGUGGGAACCCAACUUAAACCCACUUCAGGAGAAGAUUGGAGAAGUCCCUAUGUGGACAAGAUUAUAUAAUAUUCCCUUUGAAUUUUGGGAUAUGUAUACUCUACAGGCCAUUGGCAACAAAUUGGGUAAAUUUAUUCAGGCUGCUGAAGGGGUUGAGAGUAAAGAUUUCAGUUUGUAUUAUAGAAUUUGUGUGAGAAGGAAUAUUUCAAACCCACUCCCCAAAGAGAUUGAGUUGUGCACAAAUGUGGGGGAGGUUGAAGAAAUGGUUGAAAGGUACAACAUUUGCAAAUCCUUUGGGCAUACUGACCUAGAGUGUUAUAAAGAUGAGAAAGGUAAGUUAGGAUUCUCUGAGGUGUAUUUGAACAAGGUGAUUGAGAUGGCUUUGUGUAGGGAGGUAGUGUCUGAGGAUAAAAAAGAGUUGGAGAGGGGUUUUGUGGCGACUCAGGAGGAUUGCAUGGGGAAACAUUUUGGAGAUAAUGAGGAAUGUAAUCCUACGGGGUUUUUUUGUCGGGAUGAUGAAUUACUGAGAGACCAAUUUGGUCAGUCAUUUAUUGUUGGACAACAAGUGUAA